CUUGACACUGGUGACAACACAGCAGCAUCUGGCUGCCACUUUUAGCCAUAUCGUCGGAAAUCUUACAAGUUUUAGGUCACAUUUAGUGUUUAACAAUGCAGUCCGACACGCUGCUGCACGCGGCUAACUUCAGCACCCUGCUGCUGUGCAUGGUGCUCAAGUUCCCGCAGAUCUUUGCUCUGAUGCGGGCCAAGUCCUCGGCAGGAGUCAGCUUCAACAGUCUACUCCUCCAACUGCUCGGGUAUAUUGUUUUUGUAACGUACCAGAUGUACUAUGACUACCCACCGCCAACAUACCUGGAAUAUCCAAUCCUCAUUGCACAAGAUGCCAUCCUCCUGCUCCUCAUCCUGCACUACAACGGCAACCUGAAGCAGAGCCUCCUCUACACCUUGCUGUUUGUCGGGGGUUGGAGGCUCCUCACUCUGGAGAAGUGGAUCAUAGAUUCGGCCAUGAGCCUGUGCAUAUUCAUCAGUGCAGCCAGUAAAUUUGCCCAGCUGCAGUGCAUGUGGAAGUCUAAGGACGCAGGACAGGUUAGCGCCCUCUCCUGGGCAAUGGCUACCUUCACAUGUAUUGCACGGAUUUACACCACCACAGUGACAACUGGAGACAUGCAGGUUCUGGUGCGGUUCGUCGUCAUGACGCUGCUCAACAUGUGGGUGCUGCUCACCGUGCUCUACUACCAGAGGCAGCGCAGCAGCAGCUCCAAGAAGGAGGACUAAAGCUGGAGGGGGACCCUGAGCCGGACUGUCCUGUAAACCAGCUGGUCCCAGAUCUGUGUAGCAGAGAUCUCCGUUACUGCAGACACGACUGAAAAACAAACCUCACAUGUAAAGACGGUUAUGUAGGCAGCUUUUUUUAAAGUUACCCAUCAAAUGUGCUUUUUUUUUUACCUCAUAUCUUUUUUAUAACAUUUUAGUGACAAAAAAAACAAUGCUUUUUCCUACUGUAUGUGACAUAAUGUAGUGUUGUUAGAUAAAGAACAUUUUUCUAUGCAAUAUGAGAAAUACUGUAAUCUGCAAAGCUUUCCUUAUCUGAACUAUUUUAAUAAAACAUUACAUUGUGGUAA